UUACCACGUGAUUUCGGAUUGUGACAGCAUAGUUCCUGGAACAAACAAAACAAAACGACAGCUGAGCCGCAAGCGAGACCACGGACAACACGUCAACCGUUUACAUUCAAUUUGUUCUUGUGUUAAGUACACGAGAAACAGAACGAAGAGGUUCGAGACGCUGGGAGAUGGAUUCAUAGGAAUGGAGCCUGCCCGUUAGCAUCAUAGCUAUAUAGCCUUGAAUCCGUCAUAGAUAUAUGUAUUAUAUUUUUUUCCUGGUAGCCUCUUUUAUGUCAUUCUCCGUGUCUUCAUUGUGGAGUAGACACGCGUGUAAUUUCCUUCUUAAAUGUGGCCAACGAGCUUCCAAAAUAUUUGUGUUUACCUCUCCUGUCGCUAUUUUGUCUUGUCAACACAGCCUGCCACUUACUGCUUAUCAAAGAAAAGAACGUUCUCUUCGUCUUUGACCGAUGGGCUGUUACCGAUUCUGUGUGCAUAAUCUUGAUCCGAAGACCAAAGUGUUUACCGGCCGUGUUGUGAUGUGAGACACGGGCUAAAGAUGGAGGCUGUGCGACACAAGAAGACCAAGGCAAAAGUCGGUGGAAAGCUGGUCAGGAAGCAGAAAACGACAGAAACCAAAAGAGAUGCUGCCCCCUCAUCCAUUUGCGACGGCGCUUCCACCUCUGAAUUCACCAGCAUCCCGCUAUGCCUCCCACAGCAGGAGCCACAGGAGGAAAAUUGUGAGCCCAUUCGUACCCCCGAUACUAAAGCCCAGGCGAUACAUCUGCCUGCAGACUCCCGCGAGACCUCCUCAUCACAGGCUUCAUUAACAUCAGCGUUAACUGAGACUUUACAUUCAGCUCCAGAUUUGUCACAGGCAUCACAAGCCACCCAGCAACAGACACAGCAGAAAGAAACCGAUUCGGGCGCGAGCGUGUUGGUCUCCGAGCUUAAUGGCACAUCACAAGUGUCAUGUGUUUCGACACAUUUUGACAUCAAACAUGCCCCCAGUGCUCCUUCGCUGUACCCAUCUGUCCCCACGCUGGAGGAAGGAUCCUUGCUGGAGCUUCAUGGGGAAGCUGUGAAGAAUUUUGGGAAAGGUCCUGCAGUUUUAGCACUUGCCGAGCAGGAAUCUUCGCCUCCGAGUUUGCAGCCCCUCGAAUGUGUAAUUGGACUCCCCAGGAACAAACUCUACCCCGAAUUACCAAGAACCACAACAGAAGUUCAGCCAUUCUCAUUGGAGCAGCUGAGUGUUUGGGAGCCCGGAGGAGGGUUACGAGCUUGGUUAGAAGGCGUUGACGUGUGCACGGCUCAGUUCUGUGCGCUCGCUCGACAAGAGCGCCACGAAUUAACCGAACUUCUCCAGAACUACUGGCGCUGUCGUAGACAGCUGACUCAGUCACACGCACAAUUGCACACGCAGUCGUCUGACUGCAAAAGUACUCAAAAUCGUCUGUGGAGCUUCAGAGAUGAACAGUUAACACUCCAGGGUGUGUGUGCAGAUCAAUCCAAAGUGUGUGGAUACCAUCGUUUCCAGCAGGCAGAGUUCAGUCAGAGUGUGCUGGCUGAGCUGAGCAAAGUUUUUGAACUCCGCAGUGAACUGCUCCAUCAGAAGGUGGCCCUGCAUGCAUAUACUGCUUUGCUGUCACGCCUCCAGGUGGAAUCAUACUUGUACCGCCUAUUAAAAGAUUGCUCUGAAAGCCAAAGACAGCCCUGUUCCAUUCAACCACUUAAAGAUGCCGUCAGCGUCCUCUUUAGCUUCACGCGAAGAGUCCUUGAUGACACACUAUUCCAGACAGACAUCCAUCACUGGUUGGAAACACUGGUGGCAGUGCUGCUGCAUGUUGGUGGGUCAGGAGAGCACCUGUUCCUGCUGUGCCAUCUGCUGUGCUGUCCCGCUGGGGUGGGCAAGUGGGCUGCCCCUUUCCUUCAGAUCGAAGUGUGGGGAAACACCUGUGGAGUGCAGGACUUCAUGCAAGCCUUGGCAAUUCUAAUGUCACCUGCUCGACACCGUGCAGAGUUUUUGGGACAUAUGAAACCGUGUGAGAGCCUUAAUUCAGCUUCAUCUGGACCUGAGUCAGGCAAUUGGACUCUUGUGGAUGAAGGAGGAGAGGAGGAUGAGGAUCCAGAGAGUAGUUGGUUGCUGCUUUGUGAGGACGACCUCGUCUCCUUUAUGACCCAGUUCCCGUUCCAGCAGCUCUAUUCACACAUGCUGGGGAUGAGCAAGCACGGUGUCUAUGAGCCUCAGGGGUACUCCAGUCAGAAGAUGAUGCGUGUGUUUGCUUUUGCUUCGUCGCUCAUUGAAAUUCUUGCCCUUGGCCUGCAAACUUAUAACAGGUCCCGAUACAGACAGCUUGUGAAACGAAUAGGACACAUCAUACGGUCAUGUUAUGUCAGUGAUCACUGGGCACAAUAUGUCAGUGUUACUGGUACCAGUGGAUCAAGCACUCGUGCACAUUCUUUGCCUCUAGAAAAGCUGCAGGUGGAAUAUGAUCAUCUUUUUCUCAGGGCUGUUCUGCAUGUACUCCGAAACAAGAGGUUGGGAAUUUGGUUAUUUAUGUCUGAGAUGCCAUACGGUACUCUUUCUAGCUCCAUGCUUUGGAGGAUCCUUUAUGUGAUGCAGUGUGCAGAAACAGCAGGACUGGAAACGCCUAGUAAUUCUAAUGACACACAGUCCUGCAUUCGGGCUCUAAGAGAACCAGAUCACCAAGAGAGGUUUGAGUCGUGGUUGUGUGAGGUGAACAGCUCUGACGGCAUCUCCCUCCUCACUGCACUUGCGCACAUGGCCACGCCCACUCAGUACUCUGAUCCUGCCUUUGUCACAACCAUCACUCUGCUGAUUUACCAGGUGUCUUAUGUUAGUGUGUCCACGAGAGAAAUUUACUCUAAGGUUGGAAGAGAGCUGUUGGCUACCAUAGCAUCAGCCCAUCCCUACAUUACAUCUGUGCUUCUGGAGAGGCUGAGAGAAACCAUCCAAGCUGUGGGCAUGGUGGCACUGUACUUGUGUAAAGAGCUUCCUCUGAGCCUGUGGCAUCCACAACCAGAGGAGAUAUGUGUGAUCGGAGCGUGGUUGCUCCAACAUCCUCUAUCUGCUGUGGAGAAUCGCCUGGCCUGUGUUAUACUGGAGGGUCUGAACUGGGGAUACUCACAGGAUGGAUCCUUGGCCUUGUCGUCAUCGCUCCACAGUAAAGUGGCUCUGCUGGUGGCUGAGGCCUAUCAGAAGUAUCUGACUGACAAACCCUAUAGUGGCCUCAUAUCAGAAGGGAUUAAACAGGUGUCUUAUCUCGCCAGUGUCCUUCGCUUAGGCGUAUCCCCUGAAGCGUCUUUCGGUCAGUGGGCGUGGCAGCUCUUAUUAAGACUAAAGCUUCAUGCCAAUGCACAGAACCCGAAAGGUGCCUGGUCAUUCCCUGCUUUGGUGUCCAUCCCACCUGCAGAACUUACACAUUCGCCCAGCAUGCACUCCGUUCUCCGGGCUGUAAAAGCAGGCAUCCCUAUCGGAGCAUACCUGUCGAUUGUCAUGACAACAGUGGGACAUAGCCUGGAGCACUUUUGUACUGAUGGAGUCUGCUUGUUAAAGAGCCUGAUUCAGUCUCGCCACCUGCAAGCUGCUGUGCAUCUUCUGGACAACAUCCUUCCCCAAAUCUACCCGCUCAGCUUCUACCUUCUCAACAACUCUCAGUUUGUAAGUUGCAUUCAGUUAUUCUUGCAGUACGACAGUGUAUGUCCUCAGGGUGUGACGCAGCAAGUCACACACCGGGUAGCGCCACUCCUCACUGGAACCAUCUAUGGAGACAAUAUCCGACUGCUGAACAGCGUCAUACAGUGCCACGUGGUUGAGAGUUCACAGCCCAGUCGUGUUGGUGCUGCAGCCGUGCUGGAGUUUUGGGUGGGGAUUUUGACUCAACAGAACCUAUGGUACCGGGACAAAACAGUAUUGUUCCUCAUGGAUCAGAUCUGCUGUGCUGCAUUCAAACACCGUCAGGAGGAAUGUCUGCUGAAACUCCUGCACCAGCAACAUAAGAAUGCUUUGGGUUACCAUGGAGAUCGAGGUCUGCUCUCUUCUCUGGUUGGCUGGAUUGCUGGAAAUUCCACACCUUCUUUCAUCGAGGGCCAAUCACUGAGUACUGAGGUUUGGUUUGCCUGGCUGGUGCUUAAUAUGGAGGGCACAUUUGAGGAGGACUCUCAGCUCAGACGAUGUGUUGAAAAUGAGCUCCUGUCAGAGCCUAAUAUCUCUCCAGAACAAGCCUUAAAGAGGGCCCAGCAGAGGCUGAAGUUGCCAGUCAGCCCGUCUUUGCAACGGCUACAGGUGUACCGCUGGGCCUGGCAGGCAUUAGCCACGCCCCCUGACCAUCCCCUCCUACCUCUGGUUUGGCAAAAGUUCCUACAGCUCUACCUCAGGCAGGCUGGUCCCGAUUAUGGACUAGCUGCUGGGGGAUGCAUUGGGCGACGGUUCUUCCAUGCUUCCUCUCACGCCACUUUACUGCGAGACUUGAGACAGAGAAUACAAACAGUAUCUGACUUCCAUCAUGCUGCCAGCCAGGCCCUAAAGGUGCCCCCGACACUCACACCCGCGGCAGAAGCCCACUGCGACCAACGUCCCAGCAGCCCCCGUCUGUCCUACCUCACCUCUCCUCAGCUGCACACAGAGCUGGUCAGGUUGUUUGGUGUUUUUGCCGUGUGGUUGGAUGAUGAAACUCUGCAGAAGCAGGAAGUUUACCUUCCGUCGCUUCCUGCUGAAUAUGAACCACACAGGCUUGCACAGGUUAUGCAGCAGCAACAGAAACUGUGGCUAGAGUAUGUGGACCAAGAGCGUCUGGAGUAUGACACGAAAGAGGUUCUGUCCCUGUGGGAGAAGGUGCAGAGUGAGCCAUCUUUCCUCCAAACCCAAAACUCCAACUUCAUUGACUACACGAGCCUCAGCAAUGCAAAGGAACGUAUCCGGUCCAACUUGCAGAAGCAUCCAGUACCUCGUCCACCUCUAGACCUCCAACACAUGAAGACGCCAGUGGCUGAAGUUCCCAGCGUAUGUCUCUCUGACUCCAAAGCUGCUGCUGAACUACUGCAGCGGGAUCUCAGCAUACUGCAGGACCAAGCCAGGAUUGCAGUAUCACGAGAGGCCCAGCAGGUGGCGAUGGAACAGGAGCUUCUAGAGAGUCUUCCUCUGCUUUACAAGAACCGAUCAGAGCAAGUGACCAUGAGCCUGGAAUGUAAAGGGAAAGGAGGGCAGCCAUGCAAGGGUCCAGCUAAUAUCACCGUCACAUGUGAGUGUGUCCAGAGACAGGAGGCUGUGCAGACUCAGAUAACGUCGCUGCGCAGGGACAUCAAGAACCUUCAAACUGAUGCCAUGGCUCCUCCUCCUCAAAGUCUGGCUCAGGCUGCUGUCCAUACAGAGAACCUUUUCACGGCUCUGGUGAACAUGUACAAAUCCCAAAAAUCCCCAUCAGUGCAGCAUGUUGGCGUGUCAGCCUUCUACCAGGUGGUGUCCUACGUGUGUGAAGACACACUACGGCAUCCACCAACACGCCAAUACCUCUGCUCGUGCGUGGAGAUACUGGGACAGGUGUUCAUCCAGGGCAACUCUGAAGAGUGUAGCCGUGUCCUGAAGACCAUCCUGGAGCAGAGACGUCUUUGCCCUCUCAUUUCUCCUUUUUUCACGCCUAAUGCGGCCCCCGCCCAACUGGUCUUCCUUUACCAAGAUGUGGUGACGUCCCUGCACCUUGAGAGUGCAGAUGUCAUUUUCAUGCUGCUCACCAAGUUUGAUUUGUCUGUCUGGCUGAAUGAAGCCCAUCCCGUGUUUUCCGAGAGGAGCCGUUUACUAGAAUUAGUCCACGGAGGUCUUUGUGUGUGCGGCCAAGAUCCCGAACCUGAAGUUCUCACCCCUUUUCACCUUUUCACCAAACACUGGACCUCGCUUUUACGCCACCACUUCCCUGACCACUACAGUGAUUGCCUGCGUCUGCUCAUGACCAGUUCAUCAAACCAGUUACUGAGUCCGGAAUGCUGGAAAGUGACCAUGCGAGUGCUCGGCUGCUCCCCUCCAUCCCGCAACAUCAAGAACAAGUGCGAACAAGGUCACAGCACUGACGUCGCUGCACGCACAUCAGCGUCCCCAUACAGAUCAGCAAUCACCCUCUCUCCUCAGCAGGUGAAUGAGACAAUAGAUUGGCUAAGUGAUUACUUCCUGCGCAGUCGUCUCAGCAAACCCGAUCUGCGUAGUUUUGGCCUCUACUCUGCCUGGUCUCCUUACAUCAGUGAGGUUGUUUCCUUCUGGGACUAUUUGGUCAGCUGUCUAACCAGUGUGUCACUUAGUAGCUGUGCCAGAGAGUCUGUGGGCAACAAUAGAAUAAUAAAAGCUCUUCACGACCUGCACAGGAAGAUUGUGAAGUUAUUUAAGCCUUGGAUCUUCCCCCUGAACACUGAAGAUGGAAGCAAUCUCAAGUGCUACCCGUGGCUGGAGACGGAUGUGACUGCAGCAGGGUGUCUGGUGGGCCUCUAUGCUCAACUCACUGACAGACUGCAUCAGAGAUUCAGAGACCGCCUACUCCCUGGCCAGAGAGGUGCCCUGUGGCUUACUGUGAUGGAGUACUGCGAAAGCUGCACUUCUCCACGGACACCAGAGUACCUGUUGUACCUACACCACACUUACCUGCGCAAGCUGCCAUGGAGAUACCUGCAUCCUGACACACUGCUCAUGGAGCAGCUCUUCAAUGUGGAGAGAGGAAGUCCCAAAAGCUGCUUCCUGUUCAUGGGAGAGGUUUUAUGUGAAGUAAACUGGGUCAGCGUUCUAAGCGACCAUUUACACCCACCUCCAGAACCCGUAACAGGCCCACUUCAGUCCAAUGUGGACCCUCAGAAGGAAUCGCACACCAUGCUGGUGUAUCUGUUAUACAUGCUGGUUUUUCUGGCAAAAGAGGAGCAGCUGCUCAACCGGCAGGACUCUCCCCUCCUCAAUCUGUUGAUCCAGUGCACAUCUUUGCCUUGGCACCAGCUAGAUCUGUUGUCCUACCAAGGGGUUCUGGGAUACGUCAGCAAUUACUACAAUCCCUCACUGCUGCUUAGCACUGAUUCAGCAACUCAGUUGUUGCUUAAAUCACUGCGUAGUGCAGCUGGACUUCACCCCCGCCCUUAUGAAGCUGCGCACACGGAGGAGACGCUGAAGGCGGCGGCGUACGCGUGCUGGUGUGCGCGGUGUUUAGUGGCUCUGGAGCAGGCAGGCAGCAUAAGUGUGAGCAUCCUGGAGACGCAGCUGGAGACGCUGUUGGAAAGCAUUGUCACAUUCAGCCCACCAGAGACGGGUUUGGAGCAGAGGCACAUGGCGUUCUGCAGCCUUUUCAGCGGCGCGCUGGCUCUGCUCAACGGAGUUGGCGUCUCUACGGGCGAGGCCCUAGCGGUUCGUGUCAUCGCCUGGCUGGACAGGAAGGGGAGGGGCUUUCCAAUUCUGCCUCUGCUCACCGCUUGCUCGCGCUGUCUGGCCUCAGUGAGCCACAUGACGCGCAUCAUGGAGGCGUGCAUCACAGCCCACUUUAGCCAUGCUGAGGAGGAGUGUGUCGGUUGGGGUCCCGUGUUGGCAUCACUGCAAGUGCCCGAGCUCACAGCGGAAGACUUCCUGUCCGAGAGCCAAUCAGGAGGCAGCUUCCUCACACUUUAUGCCUUCAUUCUGCAGCGCCUUAACUCUGAACACACGGCAGCCAAUGAGAGGAGGACGCUGGCUCUAAUUAACACAUGGACCCAUCAGGUUUUCCCCAGCGGACCAGGCAAUGAAGCCAAGCUGUUUCUGUGGUGGCACAAAGCACUGAAUCUGUCACUGGAGCAGCUGCAGCCUCAAGCGGGCCACAGUGAAUUAUCAGGAGUGCUCACGGGUCUGUUGAAGUUGCAAACCAGGCUGCUUCAGCUGGGAGAAGAAAGACUCAACUCUGGACUACUCGGGGCCAUCGGUCUCGGGAAGAAGUCCCCCGUUUCCAACAAAUUCCGGGUUGUUGUUCGCAGCCUGGCAGCGUUCCUCUCCGUGCAGGUAGCAUCAGAAAGUGAGCUCCGACUCCAGCCCACCACUGACUUGCAACUCUCUGCAAAAGCACAGCAAACGUUGGGAACGCUCGAAGCCAUGACCAGCAAUAAGCAGUACGCUGAUCUGGAAGACUCGGUGAAAAAAGCCCUUCAGUUCAUCCGCUACCCAGGUCACUGUCUUAAAGAUGGACCUCGACUCCUGGCCCUGCUCGCAAACCUGCUCUACCCUGACCUCAGAUACUUGCACAUUAUACACUGACCUAAACGCUGCCUGAUGGGAUUAUGAUUUCCCAAAGGAUGGUCGAGAAACUGGGACUACAGUUAAGUGGCCUUUGUAGUAAGAAAGUUCUCAAUAGGAGCCUCUGUUCAUUUAUGGAAGAACCGAUCCCAUUUAUUAGAAUCCCGCGUUGCACUUUUGUUCCUCCUCUUAUCGUCAAGCCUUUUUGCUCUUUUAACGACUUAUCUGUUGAUCGUCAUUGAAGUCGACUCUCAACUCAAGACUGUGGUGCAGACCGAUCCAACAGGAAAUGUAAAAAAAGAAAAGAAGAGGGGAGGAAGUUGAAGGACAUGUCGAACAAAAACAUUUGAAUUAGUGUUGAGAACACCCACAAAAUAGAGCCUCGGUACUCCUCGCACACACAAAAGAUAGCUUACCUUUCUGAAUUAGGAAGGAGUGAGUAUUCGGCAUAUUCAUGCCCUACCAAAAGUGCUUUCUAGGAAGGAAUAUUAAGGGCCACACUGAAAAGUUAAAACAAAAAAAUUGUAUGAGAAAAGAAGUCAUAAUGGUACAUAAAUAAAGUUGUCAUAUUACGGGAAUAAAGUGAUAUUUUGAACUUCAUAAAUAUAAAGUAUCGCAGGCCAAGUCAUAAACAUACAACUGUGUUAAGAUGAGGAUUGUUGAGGAUAUUACACUUUAAUUCCACUUUCACAAAUAAUGAAACGCCAUCAGCACCAUCAUCAAGCUGAACUAGUUUGUCUGUUGUUGAGAAAGAACUACACACCCUUAAAAAUCAUCAAGUGGUUUUAACAAAUAUUUGAUGAUAUGUUGUUGAAUGUAGGGCAGAUAUUUAGGUUAGGUGUGAAUUUUGAGUCUACAAUUACGAUUUUUGUUCUUGAAAGAUUACCAUUUUUUUUUCCCUCUUAAAAAAAGAAAAUGAUUUUCCCAAUAUUUUCUCAAAACAUUUACUCAUAAUUCAAAAUAUUUUCCUUUUCAGUGUGGCUGUAAUACUCCUUGGUAGCUUUUUUUUUUUUUUUUUUUUUUGCCAAAUACAUUUUUUUUUUAUGACUAUCAUGAUCGUGUAGUUUUGAGUCUGGUACCCCCUACCCAAAAAUACAUUCUCAUAGCUACAUUAAACACACACACACACACACAGUGUUAUGUAAUUGUCUUAUGUUCAGAUUCGCCUGUUUCUCCACAUUUCCACAGCCCGUGUCGUGCGGUGACUGUUAAUGUCGAAAGCGUUUCUUUCUGUGAGUCGGUCAUCAGAGACGAGACUGAAGAGGCCCGAAAGUCUCACAGCUGCUGUUUUGUGUCGGUGUCGUGUAGAGAAAGCAGCGACAAUGCUCGCAUGUGGAAACGUGGAGCCACAGCACAUCAGAAACUCUUUGUGUUGUUUUCUCCAGGAGCAACACUGGAGGUGUUCAAACUGCAAAAUAAAUCAGCUUUUCUGUAA